CCUCAGGAAGAUGCAUCAUCAUCUGGUAGCAAACUGAACGGCUGCCUCCAACAUUCCAAUACAAGGCCCCAAACUCUUGGAGACAGACACACACAUUCUUACUGAUAGGCUCUCUAUCACUUUCACAGACACUGGAAUGGAUUUGCCCUGAGCUUACUGCCCACUGCAGCAGAAGUUAACCAGUGCCAGAAUGCCCAUCCUCAAGAGGCUGCCCAGGAGGUUCAAGAGUAACCACAGCAAUAGUGAUCUCCAAAAGAGUAACCUAUCUAACGGAGAACUCAUCCUGAAGAGCAACCAUAGCAACGGGGAACUCAUUCUGCUACCAUCCGAUCUGAAUCCGUUUGAAGGGGCGUGGGCAGGCAUGGGGUGGAAUAAUGAAGAGGAUGGGGUCUGGAAGAAUGGACAGGACUACCAAAUGUCAUCUCAGGUGAGCGAAGCACUAGAGAAUGAGGCAAACGCAGAGCAGCAUGGAGGGUCAAAGGUCACUGAGGGAUCAAAAGAAAAAAGAGGAACUUUGGAACGAAUCUGUGGCUCAUCACCACUGAAGACCCUUGGCAAAUUAGGCAAGGGGCUGCGUAUGACUGGAAGAAAUGUGUGGGGUGCCACUCCUUCACUACGGAGUGCCACUCUCCCGGCAACACCCUCCUCAGGAAAGAAAAAAAAGAACUAUCGACGAGCCUCUGAGGAGAUCAUGACAUUACUGAGGUUUGCAGGCCGUCGUAAGGAAAGUGAGCGCAGAGAUAGUCUACCUACAGGUGAUCUGACCACUGAAAACGAUGAAGACAGUCGCAGACGUCCUUCAUUCCUACGCAUGGUCAGUCUUAGCAAACUCAGAGGAGACUCGCUAACAAACCGCAGCUCGCAGGAAGAUGAGCAAGAGUUAGUAGAAGAAGAACCGCCGGUUAAACGCAGGGAGCCAUUAUCAGUGUUGGAAAUCCUACAAUUAGUUAAUCAGAGAGACCUUCUGCUUGCUGACACGCACAUCCAAGAGCUUGAGAGGGAGUGUGAACUUGACCCCUCCCCCUUUUUGGGUGGUUCGGGCAAUGAGGAUUCUGGCCCAAGCAUGUGGGAUGCUGGGCUGCGCAAAGUGAAAGAUGUAGAGCUGCUUUAUGAGGCUCUUCAGAGAGAAAUGUGGGAUGUGGUGAGGGAGUCGCUACGCCAGCCCUGCAGCGGGCCUCAGCUUGGCCUGGUGGUGCUGGUCAUUCAACAGGAAGAGCAGGCUGACAAGGUUUGGGCCCUACGACAAGAGGCCCAGUCCAACGCCCAAGCCAGUGACCAAUCUGAAGACCAUUCCCGGCCCUCCAAGCGUCCAAGGAGACUGCGUCAAAGGUGGGUGGAGGCUGUGGGAGAGGCAGCUGACUGGUGUCUUCCACAACCAGGGGGCAUCGCUGCAGGGCAGAUGGGCAUGUACUUGGAGCGUUUGAGAGGCAGGGUGGUGGAGGAUAUGGAUGCGGCACGUCGGAAUGUGGUGGCGGUUUAUCCGGAGGAGUUUGCUGUGUUUCAGGUCUACAUGCAGAGUUAUCACAGGGCUGUUGCCAAACGACUGAAGACUGUCACUUGUGGCCCUAUUCAGAUCACAGAUACAUACUCUCUGCUUGACUGGAUCUACAACAUUUACAACAGGGAUGUCUUGGCUACAGUUGGAGCAAUGGGCACUAUAGUGUGUGAAGCGCUAGAUCCUCUCCUGCCUGAAGAUGUCAUAGACCGGCUGGAACAGGACUGCGUCGAAACUGUUUGGGACAAGAUGACUACGGAGCUCUCGCAAGUUUUGGAUGAUGAAGAAAAGCGAUGGGCUCAGACGCUGCACAUUGAAGAGUAUCAGUCUGGCCUCGCCCGUUCUGUUAUACAGAGGCUGAAAGUAGAUUUGGACAGAUCGACAGCUGUCAGUCAGCCACUAGGAGCUCGUGUUGCUCGCUGCACCUUGAAUGGACUUGCCGAUUUCCUGCACAGUUUCCAGAGAAAGGUUGAGAUGUUCCAUGACACGCAGUCAGAGUUUGGGGAUCGUGGGGAUGGUUAUGUCUCCAGGACCAUCUCUCUUGUCAACUGUGUUCCACCAUUCAGGAAUUUUGUGGAGCGCUGUUGUCUGUGUGACCCCCUUGGCAGUGAAGACGCCUCCCAACGAGCUCAAUCCUCUUUGGAGCGAAUUGUUAACCAGUCAGUGCGCGUUCUUUCAGACAUACUGUUUGAACACAUCAGGCCAUUCUUCGAUAAGUUGGUGAAGAGGAAGUGGCUGGAUAACAAUGAGGCCUAUGAGAGUAUUGAGAUGACCAUUAAACAGCACUUUAAAAGGUUCCGCAGAAUGGACUGCCCUCCAUAUCAGGCAUUGGUGAAUGAGGUGCACAGGCGGGUCCUGGUUGAAUAUGUUCGUGCCAUCAUGAGGGGGCGGGUCAUCUGUACGUCGCUCAAAAUGAGGAAGAGAGUGGCUUUCCGUCUGCAGGAAGAGGCCAAACAGCUGAAGGCUCUUUUUAAAGAUCUGGAGUCAACUUCCUCCUGGUUGGACAGUGUGAUUGUUCACCUGGCUGACAUCAUAGCAUUGGAGGACACUCCCUCUAUUAUGAUGGAAGUCGGACUUUUGGUGAAGGAAUUUCCAGAUAUAAGGAGAAGACAUAUCUCUGCUGUGUUGAAUGUCCGUGGGAUGGUGCAUCAGACAGACCGUCAGGAGAUUCUAGCUGUUGUCCGAGACUUAGAAACCAGCGACAGCUCCAUCAAUCUCCCCCGAGAUCAUGCCCUCUUCUCUGAAAUCGCAGUGGCCAAAGACAUGUCCUGUCUUGGGCUGGUUCUGAUCCGCUUCGGUCUGACUGUGUCAUCGUGGGUCGCCAGUGCCCGGCCGCGCCGUAACCGGAGUAGAAGGAGCUUGAAUGAAAAACAUGCAGAUAACAGACCAAGCCAUGCAAAGCGCUUUACAGAACCUUAAAGAUAAUGAAAUGCAACAUAACUACAAUGCAUAGCAUCCUGAUAUUUAUAAACAACACAAUAAAUGAUAAAUACACAGCACCACAACAGAUAUUACAUAAUCAAAUCAGUAUAACAUUAAGCAGAGAUUGAAAAGAUUAAAGAUUGCGUAAAAUGUGCUCAGUCUAUUUUCACUCAGUCAGUUGUUUCAGACUAGAUGAAUGUGGUCAGAACCCAGUCAAAAGGGACGAUAAGAUGAGUUCAUGACAGCAAAGUAAAAUCACAACAAUACUUGUCCUUCAAAACACAGCUGGAGCGGAAUAAGUCAGUGGACACUUCAAAGGACGGGAAAUAGUCUAUAAUUCUCUCUCACUUUAAACAGGCUGUUAGUGGACUGCUGUACUGACUAGCUGGACCUCUGUCGUGUAAACAGCCACAUGAUUUGAGAGGAGCGCCAGGAAACUCAUCAUCAUAGAGUGAGGACUUGACGAAAAUUUAUUAGUGCAGGCUGUGUUCAGAACAAUGAUUUAACUUGACACUAAAUUACACACAGAACAAAUGCAUGUACAUGAUGUAUCAAACACCAGGUACAGUUCUACAAUGCAUAAACUACGUUUCAGAUUAUGUGUUUAGAGAAAUGCAUAUGAAAAUGGUGUAAACAUGGUUGUCUGUGACAUUUAAAGAAUGUGAAUGUUAAUCCCUCUGAUUUUGUUCUUGUAUAAUGUUUAGGAUUCUGUUCAUCUCAUUUCUUAUGUCUAAUCACUGUUCAAAUCUGAGCUACUGAGGAAAAAACUGACAGGAAUUAAAUGUGUGUGAUAUUGUUUCAGGUAAAUAAGAAAUAAAGCCCCAUUGACUGGGAAAUGAAUUA